UUUUUUUGUCAAUAGAUUUCUAUUUUUGCUUUUUUCUUUGUUCUCUCUUUCUCUUUCUUUCUUUCUUGGUUGAUCUAUUACGAGUCGUUUUGACCAGAGACGAAGAAGCUAAACCAGUUGCUUUCGUCUUCUUCUUCUUCACUCUUCAAUGUCGUUGAACUUGUGCAAUUAAUCUCGGCCCUGGGUUCUCAGAUUUGAGGGCUGAAGUGUUUGUUCUCCGGCUUUACAAAUUGGGGGAAGAGCAAGGAAGACGACGAUUCGAUUUGUGUGCCAGUGGGUUUUUUUUUUCCCCUCAAUCUCUGGUUUUGGGUCAUUGUGUUAGGGUUUGCGGGAAAUGAAGUCGCCGCUUGAUAAGCUGCGGAAAUUCGCACUGCACAAGACUGAUUCGUCUAAGGAUAAGAGAAACUUGCAAUCUUCGGCCCAGUUGGAUGAGCUUGCUCAGGCUGCUAAGGACAUGGAAGAGAUGAGAGAGUGCUAUGAUAGCUUACUUUCUGCUGCUGCAGCUACGGCAAACAGUGCAUAUGAAUUCUCGGAAUCACUACGGGAAAUGGGAACUUGUCUACUAGAGAAAACUGCAUUACAUGAUGACGAAGACAGUGGUAGAGUUCUGCUAAUGUUAGGGAAAUCACAAUUUGAACUUCAAAAACUUGUUGAUAGCUAUCGUGCUCAUAUAUUUCUGACAAUCACAAACCCAUCUGAGUCUCUUCUCAAUGAACUUCGGACAGUUGAGGAGAUGAAGCGACAAUGUGAUGAAAAAAGGAGUGUAUACCAAUACAUGGUGGAUCAACAAAAAGAGAAGGGCAAACCAAAAGGCAGUAAAACUGAAAGUUUUAGCUCACAGCACCUGCGUGCAGCUCAUGAAGCAUAUGAUGAGGAGGCAACUUUGUGUGUUUUUCGGUUGAAAUCUCUAAAGCAAGGGCAGUCCCGGAGCCUUCUCACACAGGCAGCUCGUCACCAUGCAGCUCAGUUGAAUUUCUUUCGGAAGGGACUUAAAUCUCUUGAGGCUAUUGAACCACAUUUGAGACUGGUUACAGAGCAGCAACAUAUUGAAUACCAAUUCAGCGGACUCGAAGAUAAUGAUGGAGAAGAUGGUGAGGAUGAUGGUGAGAAUGAAAUUGAUUCUAAUGAAUAUAGGGAGUUGAGUUUUGACUAUCGACCAAAUAGACAAGGGCUAGAUGUUACAACUUCAAGGAAUUCAAUGGAGGUGGAUGAUGAUGGAAAUUUGUCCCCCCAACCUUCAAAGGUGGAAAAUGCAGAGAUGAUUCUAGAUAGAAACCAGGGAGAUUUCAAGGUUUCAAGUAGAGAACCAAGAGUUAGCAGCCACUCAGCUCCAAUCUUCGCAGAAAAGAAGUUUGAUCCAGCUGAAAAAGCUAAACAAUUGCAACUUUUAUCUUCCCGCAAAUCUCACACAUAUGUACUGCCCACUCCUACUGAUGCAAUGGGUUUUGUGUCUUCAAGGAAUAGCAGUUCAGCUAUCCUCACCAAGCCAACAGGACGGACCCAUAACUUGUGGCAUUCUUCCCCAUUGGAAGAAAAGAAGCUUGAAAAAGACAUUGGGGAUGUCACAUUUUCUGUAGCCAAUACCUCAAAAGCACCAUUUGGACUAAAGGAGAGCAGCGCUAGAACUUCCACCCAACUACCUCCUCCUCUAGCAGAGGGUCUUGCACUACCUCAGCUCGAUAUGGUUAAUACAUCUGAUUCUAAAAAGAUUAAAAGACAAGCUUUUUCUGGUCCAUUAACUAGUAAACCAUCAUCAACAAAACCUGUAGCCUCUAUCAGUGGUCCCAUUGCAUCUGCUGAAAUUCCUCAGCUAACAUCUGGAGUGGCAUCUCGGUUGCAAAUGCCUCAGUCAUCUUCAUCCCCAAAAGUAUCUCCAAGUGCAUCACCUCCCCUUGCUUCCUCACCUAGGAUAAGCGAACUCCACGAGCUUCCUAGACCCCCUGGUAGUUUAGCUGUUAAAUCUUCAAGAUCUCCUGGUUUGGUUGGCCACUCUGCUCCAUUGGGCUUAAGAAAUCAAGAGCUUGGUGCUACAAAUAGAGUCAAUAUCGCAUCUCCUCUUCCAAUUCCACCAUUGUUUGUGCCUCGAAGCUACUCCAUUCCUUCAAGAAGUCAAAGGGAAAUGGCUUUGCAUGUAGCUAAACAUUUUCAGUCUCCUCGUGGUUCGAGCAAGGCCGAAGAUGUUACUUCACCUCCAUUAACACCUAUUUCUCUUUCCAACAUCAACCCAGUACCAACGGUUUCAGAAGUGUCUUCUCAGUCUAGUCCAAUACAAGUGGAUGCAGGUGGGAGAUGAUACCAUGCCAACCAUUAGGUGUUGAAGCUAUCCAUUUUUUUCUUGGUUUUUUUUUUUUUUUUUUUUUUAAAUUUUGAGUGUACCCAGCUGAAGAUUGUGUUGGGGGCUCUUUUGUUUUUGUCUGUAAAUAUAUGAUAUGUUAUUAUCAAGUGUUUAGUUUCUGAUCCUGAUCUUUGUUUA